GAAGAACGCAAACAAUCUCCAGCGAUCUCAGGCGGCGUACAUGAGCAACGAGUUCUGCUCCUCAUUCGCUACACUUCAACGCUCCCAUUGAGCUUUUUACGACCUAAAAGGAAUAUAAUUGACAUGGAGUGCAAUGAACAUUCAGCGAGAGUUGAUCACGUGCCGUCCGCUCUAUUGAUAACCAACUUGUGCCCCGAAGGAGAUGCCUUCCUUGGUCUUGGAACACCUCAAGAUGGCGUGCUAGAGGAUUUCCAAAUCUGUACGCAGACUCUUGCCCUUGCUUCCCCAGUAUUCAAGAAACUCCUACGUGGUGACAUGAAUGAGGCGCAAGCAAUUCUGGCUGGAGAGAAACCUCGAAUCAAUCUCACCAAUGAUGAUCACAAUGCAAUGGAAAACAUCUUACGAGUUCUCCACCAUUGCCCAGGAGCAACGGGUCCGGAAAACCUCGAUCGAACUGCGAGAAUCGCAAUUCUUAGUGACAAAUACGACUGUACUCGAAUCUUUCGACCUUGGCUAGCCUACUGGCUCAUGAGUCUAGAGCUGACCAGUAGUCCGGUCGAUAUCGGGUUGCGGCUUCUGAUAGACUUCACGAUGAAGUCGUCCAAUUUUACAGAGACGUCAAAGUCUGCAAUCAAAGAGCUCUCUAUUUCCAAUGUGGAGUCCUGGGAAAACCACGAGUUGUUGUCGCUCCUUCCUUCGUAUCUGGAGAAUGAUCUCAUCAGCAAGAUUGAAGACAACUUGGAUUGGAUUCGCGGCACGAUGUCGGAUGCUGAGUCUGACUUGGGCAAGAUCAAAAAGGCAAAUGCUAUGAAAUAUGUGGAAUGUCUCAACUGCGGAAGGCGGCAUCCAGCAGGCGCACAGAAGUGCCACCCAUGUCACGGCUUUUCCGAGUUGCGAACUCUUUACUGCACCAGCGAACUUCGUGUUGCAGAGUAUUUCGUCCUCCUCAGGCAGGCCGGGCUGUGGGGACAUGAAGCAUUUCAUAGCUCAGAGUCCUUUAUGGACAUCCUCGCACGACUGGAAUCGGCAAAGCGUGGUCUGAAACACCAAUGCGACGCAGGCUCUGACUGUCCUUUACGAAGGCAGGUGGAUUGUAUUUUGAGAGACUUCCAUGAUAGAUCGAACAAUCUUCAGGGCCUUUCGACGGCAAAAAUCUGAUCGCAGGUGUAGUAAGGCUAAGUUAGGAAUUGCAAUGGGAAGAACGCGGUACGUCACGGGACGGAUUCUGAGAUGCAAAACUUGCGACGCGUUCGGGCGCAUCGACUGCACAUACAUGAGAAUUCGAAAGUUGAGUCAAUGAACGGGUGAAAACGGUCGUAGUAAGAGCCAAGCUGCCGGGCCAUGGAGUGAUGCAGACAUCGAGGAAGCAACGGACUAGUGGAAUGAUAACCUCCCUACGGACGAUUUGAGCGACGACUUCGAUAAUUGGGACAACAAUGACACUGCCC